AUGGCUUUGCAGCCGCUGCAACACCGGCAGCAGCUGCUUCUCCCGCACGCCACGGAGGUGAGCUGCGCCUCAAGCAGUGAUGGCGCCGUGACUGUGCGGAUUAUCGACAACACGGCGCGCACACAGCACGCGCCGUCGCCACAGCAUCGACAAUAUCAUGACUCUCCCCCAACCCCAACCCCAACGACAAGGGACAGCAAUACCAGAGGAGGGAGUGGAGUAGGUGGGGCUACCACUACGACCAAAGGAGAUCCCCCCAAACCAUGCACCAAAUACAGCAUCUCCUCCAGCUGUAGUUCGGGGGAGUCGGGAGUUCGGAGGGCUGUUAUGAAUAAAUUACACAGCCAGCAGAAGACUCUGCCCCAGCUGUUUGAGAGGUCUGCUGCCCAGUGCUGGGACCCCAAGUUUGAUUCGCCGAUACUCGAAGAGGCGUGCCGUGAGAGGUGCUUCCCGCAGACUCAACGCCGCUUCCGCUAUGUUCUGUCAUACAUGGGCUCCGCCUCGCUCCUUUGGGGCGUGUAUUUCGGUGUCAACCACGACCGCUGUGACCCGGCGACCUUCCUCGCCCCGACCGCCUCCUUCCUCCUCUUUCUCCUCCUCCUCUUCCUCUUUACCUUGACAAGGCCCUAUACUCACCUGUACAAUCAGGCCUCGCUGCUCCUCAUCGUGGCCACAUUCGCCAUCACUCUGGCUCCUCAGAUCCAGACAGGAGGCUUCGCCGACCUGGAGAGAACCAGGGAGGGAAACCUGACAUUCCCUCACACCCCAGGCGGAGUGGACCUUACUCGGGCUCCCUGCAUCUCCCCCGUGGGCACCUUCUCUCUGUGUAUGGAGGUCCUGCUACUACUCUACAGUGUUCUCCAUGUGAGGCUAUACGCUUCAGUUCUGCUGGGGCUCCUUUAUUCAGUCCUAUUCGAAGCCUUAGGGUGGCUGCCCCUGCUCCAGGGGAGAGAUGGCGGUGGAGGAGAUUAUGGGGGGAAUGGGUGGGGCGAGGCUGGGGUUGGAGGUGCAGGAGGGUCCCUAGGUCCUGGAUCUAGUCCUGGAGGUGUUGGUUCUUCUAGCUGGGAAUGGGACACACUCCGCUGGCUGGGCCCAGCUAAGGCCCUCCUCCACCUGUGUGCCCACGCCAUCGGCAUCCACCUCUUCAUCAUGUCCGAGGUGCGAUCCCGCUCCACCUUCCUCAAGGUGGGCCAGGCCAUCAUGCACGGCAAGGACCUGGAGGUAAUUAUUAUUUAUAUGUUAGAGACAGAUAAAAUCAAAACAUUGACACAUUGAAUCAUCGAGAGCCAGAUGAUUACAUUUCAUCAUCAUGCUCAUCAAACAAUCAAAUAACAUAACAUAAAAUAGAUCACAAAUGGUUAUAUUCUUGAGGUUCUCGAAACCAGUCAUUCACUGUCUUUCUGAAUAUGUUACAAGUAGGGAAAAAAACAGCUGUUCACUGUCUUUGUGAAUACAUUACAGGUGAAAAAAAGAAUAGUUGUUCACUGUCUUUGUGAAUACCUAACAGGUGGAGAAGGAAACCAGUUGUUCACUGUCUUUAUGAAUACGUUUCAGGUGGGGGAAAAAACAGUUGUUCACUGUAUUUGUGAAUACGUUACAGGUGGAGAAGGAAACCAGUUGUUCACUGUCUUUGUGAAUAUGUUACAGGUGGGAAAAAUCAGUUGUUCACUCUCUUUGUGAAUACGUUACAGGUGGAGAAGGAAACCAGUUGUUCACUGUCUUUGUGAAUACGUUACAGGUGGAGAAGGACACCAAUUUUUCACUGUCUUUGUGAAUACGUUACAGGUAGAAAAGGAAACCAGUUGUUCACUGUCUUUGUGAAUACGUUACAGGUGGAGAAAGUAACCAGUUGUUCACUGUCUUUGUGAAUACGUUACAGGUGGAGAAGGAAACCAGUUGUUCACUUUCUUUGUGAAUAUGUUACAGGUGGAGAAAGUAACCAGUUGUUCACUGUCUUUGUGAAUACGUUACAGGUGGAGAAGGAAAACAUUUGUUCACUGUCUUUGUGAAUACGUUACAGGUGGAGAAGGAAAACAUUUGUUCACUGUCUUUGUGAAUAUGUUACAGGUGGAGAAAGCGUUGAAAGAACGCAUGAUCCACUCUGUCAUGCCGAGGAGGGUCGCCGAUGAACUGAUGAAGCAGGGGGACGAGGAGAUGGAGGGGAACGCAGGGAAGAGAUACUCUGCCGGGGCUUGUUCCGCGUCGGCAGUGUCCACAGUCGGAGGUCCUGGGGGGGCUUCGUCGAUCGCUGCGAGCCCUAAGAACCAUCCCCAUCAUCAUAGUCAUCAUAAGAGGAAGAAGACUUCGAUCCCCAGAGGCCAGGUAAGAGGGGCAGUGGUUGAUUUAAAAACACCAGUGGCAUUUUUAAAUCAUGCGUAAAAACUCACCCGUUUAGCUUGGCCUUUUAGUCAUUGUUUGUUUGUAUGCUAUUUUAUUCCUCCUUUAUUGCUUCAUGUAUGGUUUGCUUUGAUUUAUUUUAUUGUUCAAAUCAAUCAAAUGUAUUUUAUAAAGCCUUUUUUACAUCUGCAGUUGUCACAAAGUGCUUUACAGUAACCCGGCCUAGACCCAAAAGAGCAAGCAAAGCUUUUUGAUUUACUGUAAAGUGUGUUACAAUUUUAAAAGCACUUAAAGUUUGAUUUAAUUUGAUCAUCAGAUCAUCUUCAGGCCUUUCAACAUGAAGCGGAUGGAGCCUGUUUCUAUCCUCUUCGCGGAUAUCGUCGGCUUCACCAAAAUGUCUGCCAACAAGUCUGCCCACGCCUUGGUGGGGCUCCUCAAUGACCUCUUCGGCCGUUUCGACCGGCUGUGUGAGCUGACGCGCUGUGAGAAAAUCAGUACACUGGGAGACUGUUACUACUGUGUGGCAGGAUGUCCCGAGCCACGCCCUGACCAUGCUUACUGCUGUGUCGAGAUGGGACUAGGUAUGAUCCAAUGCGAUAAAGAUGGGUAGAUAGCAUUCUGUUAAUUGCUCCUGCAGCUUUAAAUUGUGCAAUGUCUUUGUCAUUUUUGUGCAAUGUUUCGAUCUGAAGGUCUUCUGAACUGGUCUUCCUGACCUUCAGGUCAAAAUGUUUUACACAAAAAAUAUGGGAACAAUCUGCAGUGUGUGAGUGGGUACAGUAUCUUUCUUUCGUCAGCUGACUUUUUGUACCCUGCACCUGUUGCUAGUUACUGGAUGUGUGCACACUACUUUCUCUCUGACCUGUGUGUGUUUGUGUGUCUUUCAUAGGUCAUUGGGAUCAAAGCAGUUUCAGUGUACUACAAGGAAAAUGGAUCAAUAAAGUAUUCUUCUUCUCCUCCUCCUCCUCCUCCUCCUCCUCCUCCUCUCUUCUUCUUCUUCUUCUUCUUCUUCUUCUUCUUCUUCUUCUUCUUCUUCUUCUUCUUCUUCUUCUUCUUCUUCUUCUACUCUGAAACUAGGUAUGAUCGUGGCCAUUGAGCAGUUCUGCCAGGAGACGUGUGAGACGGUGGACAUGAGGGUGGGGGUCCACACUGGCACGGUCCUCUGUGGUAUCCUGGGGAUGAAGCGGUUCAAGUUCGACGUGUGGUCCAACGACGUCAACCUGGCCAACCUCAUGGAACAACUUGGCGUCGCCGGGAAGGUGCACCUAUCAGAAGCCACCGCCGGGUUUCUGGAUGAUCGGUACCAGCGAGGGGACGGGCGGGUGUCGGAGAGGGCGACGCAGGGCCUGAUGGAGAAACUGAAGGGUAAGGGAUUUUUAUUUUGUUCUAUGUCCCCCUUUUCAGUACACACAUGCUGACGUCAGGCACGGAUGCGCACACAUUUUGGAUGCAGAAAGACCGGCCAUCUGCGCGCAUUCAACAUGAUUGAGAUAUUUACAUAGUUAUUACUUCUAAACAAAACAACUUUUUAGGGUUCUCCUACGCUUACAAUGUUGUUUUGAUUAUUGCUUAAACAUUCGUUAAGAUUAUAUUUGGUUGUGAUCUUUGCAAAAUACCUAUUUUGGAUGCAGCAGUUGUUAGCUAGAAUGCUAACGCUCAUUGACAUAGGCGGGGAGCAAAGCUAGCCAAUAAGUCAUUUUACUGGGUGGUUUUUAAAAGUAUAAUGCAGUUGAUCUGAGAUAAUGACACAAACAUCAUAUUAAGCAGGACAUUCAUACGAGUUUUACAAUCCAAUUAUAAUCCAAAAGUAGUGUGAAAUGCCCUAAUCAGCAACAUGUAAAUAGAGGCUUUUUUUGAUUCCGGUUUAUGAGAACUCACCCGUGUUCUGCAACCAUGUUGUGUGCAUCACCCUUGUGUGGCAAUGUUUACAAACACAGAAAGGGUUCUAUUUUGGUUCUACUUUGAUUACUCAUAAUAACUGGGUGUUUUGAUUCUAUGUUGUUUAGUUGAUUGUAACAAUGAAGCGUGUUAUGUACAUCCUAAACUUCCUCAAACUGCUGCUUGGUAAGUAUAACCUUAGAAGAAAAUAGAAGGUUACUCUAGGUUAUUAUAUCUCCUUAGGAAAUGUGUUUUACCUCUAACUUCAAAUAAGAACAAGAACAUUCAGGAAUAUAACAUGCUAUUACACAUUUACAGACAACAGGUGUGUAGUAGACUUUAUGUAUACUCACUGAAUAUACACAUAAGUCACAUUGAACAGCAGGAAAUAUUGCAGACUGUGGCUUUAAUCCCAUUGUGUGAUGAUAUACCUAAAGCAUAUCACAGGCCAUAAUUCAUGAAGCGUCUCAGAGUAGGACUACUGAUCCACGAUCUGUUUGACCUUUUAGAUCAUAUUUGAAUAAGAUUACAUGGACAGUGAGGACCUGAUCCUAGAUCAGCUCCUACUCUGAGGCUUUAUGAAUAUGGACCGUGCUGGUUUAUGUCACGAUCGUCGGUAAGAGAGGAGGACCAAGGCGCAGCGUUGAAUGCGAACAUAUUUAUUAUAGGUGAUACACGAUCAAAACAACAAAACGAUAACGUGACAGUCAACGGUCUAACACAAACCAACUAGAACAAGAUCCCACAACUAUUGUGGGAAAACAGCCUGUUUAAAUGUGGUUCCCAAUCAGAGACAAGCAGCCACAGCUGACACUCGUUGCCUCUGAUUGAGAACCACACUGGCAACAUAGAAAAGAAACAACUAGACCUACAACACAGAAAUCUACACACCCUGGCUCAACAUAACAGUGUCCCCAGAGCCAGGGCGUGACAGUACCCCCCCCUAAAGGCGCGGACUCCGACCGCGCCAACCAAAUACCACAGGGGAGGGACCGGGUGGGCACUCCGCCUAGGUGGUGGAUCCGGCUCCGGGCCUGAUCCCCGCUCCCUCUCCAACCCCCCAAUGUACCCCUGGUCCGGUCUGGCCCCGCUGGCCGGAGCUGGACUGCACAUUGGUGGAGCGGAUUGCUCUAGCUCCGGCGUGAAGCAUCUGACCGGUGCCGGACCAGGCACCGGUGGAACAGGCACGGGCCGUGCCGGACUGACGACGCACACCACUGGCUUGGUGUGGGGAGCAGGAGCGGGCCGUGCCGGGCUGACGACGCACACCACUGGCUUGGUGUGGGGAACAGGCACGGGCCGUGCCGGGCUGACGACGCACACCACUGGCUUGGUGUGGGGGGUAGGAGCGGGCCGGACCGGGCUGGCGAUGCGCACCACUGGCUUGGUGUGGGGAACAGGCACGGGCCGUGCCGGGCUGACGACGCACACCACUGGCUUGGUGUGGGGAACAGGAGCGGGCCGGACCGUACUGGGGACACACACCACUGGCCCUACGCAGGGAUCUGGAACGGGCCGGACCGGACUGGUAACACACCCCAGUACCCUUCGCCGUGCCUCUACACCUUCCAUCCCCUCUUCGACCAGUGGCCCCCGUAACCUGGCGGCCUCCUCUGCCAACCCGCUGGGCCGCUCUGUCGCGGUCUCCUGCUGGCCCGUCGUCCACGGCGUCAGCCCCCCCCUAAAAAUUUUAUGGGCUUCACUCCUACCCGUGGACCAGGACUCCAUACUUUUUGCCAGCCUUUCGCCCUUCUGCUUCCACGUCAAGCCCCUCUCUUCCUCACAUGGCUUGACCCAGUCGAGGAGGCGAAGGAGAUCCGCUAGAGAUCUCCCAGGCGAUGGCUCCUGGACUUGCUGCUUGGUCCAGUCUUGGUGGGAUCUUCUGUCACGAUCGUCGGUAAGAGAGGAGGACCAAGGUGCAGCGUUGAAUGCGAACAUAUUUAUUAUAGGUGAUACACGAUCAAAACAACAAAACGAUAACGUGACAGUCAACGGUCUAACACAAACCAACUAGAACAAGAUCCCACAACUAUUGUGGGAAAACAGCCUGUUUAAAUGUGGUUCCCAAUCAGAGACAACCAGCCACAGCUGACACUCGUUGCCUCUGAUUGAGAACCACACUGGCAACAUAGAAAAGAAACAACUAGACCUACAACACAGAAAUCUACACACCCUGGCUCAACAUAACAGUGUCCCCAGAGCCAGGGCGUGACAGUUUAUCAGGUUUGACAGGGUUAUACAGGGUCAUAAUUUAAAAACUCAUAAUAGUCAGUGAGUGUUUUUUUAGUAAAUGAGGUAGCGCUAACACAUGCACGCACGUGCACACACACACACACACACACACACACACACACACACACACACACACACACACACACACACACACACACACACACACACACACACACACACACACACACACACACACACACUGGUUUAUAUUUGGCUGCUGCUGUGUUUGUGCCCAGGUGUUGCAUUGUGGGCAGAGCAUGUUUGAGCUGCAGAUAAGAGCUGAUAAGAGGGAGAGGGCAGGUACUUCAGUCCUGAGUAGGGUAGAAGAGUGGAGGGAGAGGGCAGGAGAGGAGAGGAGGGCAGGAGAGGAGAGGAGGGGAGGAGAGGAGAGAGGGAGGAGAGGAGAGGAGAAGAGGAGAGGAGCAGGGAGAGGAGGAGACAGAGGAGGAAGGAGAGGAGGGAGAGGAGGGCAGGAAGGAGAGGAGAGGAGGGAAGAGGGGGAGGAGGAGGAAGAAGAGAAGAGGGCAAGGAGAAAGAGAGGAGGGCAAGGGGAGGGGCGGGGAGGGGAGGGGAGGGGGAGGGGGGCAGGGAAGAAGAAGAGAGGAGGGCAGGAGAAGAGAGGAGGGUAGGAGAGGAGAGGAGAUGGGGGGGAGAGGAGAGGAGAGGAGGGGAGGAGAGGAGGAGGAGAGGAGAGGAGGGCAGGAGAGGAGAGGAGGGGAGGAGAGGAGAGGAGGGCAGGAGAGGAGAGGAGGGCAGGAGAGGAGAGGAGGGCAGGGGAGGGGAGGGGAGGAGGAGGAGAGGAGAGGAGAGGAGAGGAGAGGAGAGGAGAGGAGAGGAGAGGAGAGGAGAGGGACGAGGAGAGGAGAGGAGAGGAGGGCAGGAGAGGAGUGCAGGAGAGGAGAGGAGGGGAGGGGAGGGGAGGAGAGGAGGGGAAAGAGGAAAAUAAAUAAAAAGAAAGAG